GAUUUUUGUUUUUGUUUUUUUUUUUUUUUUGCAACUUUAUCUGUUUUUCCUAUCUUGCUAUUGCUACUUUGGAUACUCAUAAAUCAUGUCUACUAUUCAAGCUACUGAUGUCUUUGGUCAAGCCAUUUCAACUGAAGGCCCACAAUCUGUUUUUGAACAGAAGGCCGGUGCAGUCAAGUUACCUGGUGGUAUUUCCAACGAUAGUCCCAUCGAAACGAAUUCAUUUUAUACCAACAUGAUGACUGAUGGAGAACAAACCAACCAAGUUUUCUGCCAACCAUAUAGUGUUGCGUAUUCUAACGAUACUUACUUUGGUUUGAGUGCUUACCACGCUCAGGCAAAGGACCGGGUUUUUGCUAGUGGUAGCCCUCCAUCGUAUUUUUAUCAUCCAACCGGUAUCAAGGAAUUGGUAUUUAGCUCUACUGAAUUUGAUUCCAAAGUUUCAUUCUCUUUGACUAAUGCUGGUAGGCUUUCUGCUACUGCUAAGUUUUCUUCCUCUGAUAAGAAAUAUUUGGAGGCUCCUUUGGCUGAAGGUAUGGGUUUUGUCACGGCUGUAUAUCAUGAUUUAAUCCCCCAAAUUAAUUCUGCCGUUGGUUUUGUAUCGGUUGAUGGCCAAACUUCUCCUAAGAAUGGUAUCAAUAAGUAUACUAUUAAAUUGAAUAACCAAACCACUUGGUCUUUAUUUGUUAGUCUUCCUGAAGGUCAAAGUUUGGAUUUGAAAUUAAAAGACUCCAAUACCAUUAUUGGUAAUCAAUCAGUUGAUGGAGCUAUUUUCCAAGUUGGUUUUGGUGAAGAUUCUGCUUAUGAUCAGGCUGCUGGAUGUUAUCCUACCGAUGUUUCAGUAAGUGGUAGUGUUUCCAAUUCAACUUUCAAUUAUAAAAUUAAUUAUGCUACCGAGGGAUCCUCUAAUAGUGGUACUACUUUGAUUUUUGCCUUGCCUCAUCAUAAAUCCUCUUUUGAUGAUGCAACUAAGAAGUCAGCUACUUCUUUCAAAAUUGAUUCCACCACCAAGGGUAAAAUGGUUGGAUGUCUUACUAAUACUUUAUCUAUGAAUGAAACCAUCAAUUCCAAGAUUAGCUUUGAUCCAUUUACUACAAUUAGCGGUAAAUCACCAAAUUAUUCUGAAAAUGCAUUAUCUGCAAUCAAAUCUGCUGCUGCAAAAGAAGUUGAAGGUGAUGUUGAAAAUGAAUCUAAUUCCGAUUCAAUGUAUACUGCAGGAAAAGUUCUAUCAAAGUAUGCAACUGUCUUAUACACUUGCCGUUUUAUUUUGAAAGAUGAUGGAUUAACUAAUACCUUACUUCCAAAAUUGAAAAAAUCAUUUGAAAAAUUUGCCCAAAAUAAACAAAAUUAUCCAUUGAUUUAUGAUACCACUUGUAAAGGUGUCGUUACUUCUGCUCCAACUGAUUCUGAUUAUGGUGCUAACACUUACAAUGAUCACCAUUUCCAUUAUGGUUAUCAUCUUCAUGCUCUUGCGUUAACUGCUAAGGUUGACUCUGAUAUGGGUGGAUCUUGGGUUAAUGAUUAUAAAAGUUGGGGAAAUAGUUUAGCAAGGGACAUUGCUAACCCAACUACUUCAGACUCUUAUUUCCCAGUUUUUAGAUGUUUUGAUUUCUUCCUUGGGCAUCUGUGGGCAGCAGGAAUGACAAGUGCAGGUGAUGGUAAAAAUGAAGAGCUGACAAGUGAAGAUGUUCAUCAUGUUUUGGCGUUAAGGUUAUGGGGGUCAAUUAUUGGUGAUUCUAAUUUAGAAAAUAGAUCUUUAUUAAUGUUGUCUAUUUUAAGAAGAAGUCUUGAUUUAUAUUUUUAUCUUAAAGAUAAUAACACUGUUCAACCUUCUCAAUUCAUUCCAAACAAAGUUGCUGGGAUUACUUUUGAUAAUAAACUCGAUUACACUACUUAUUUCGGCGCAAACACUGAAUACAUUCAUGGUAUUCAUAUGCUCCCCAUUAGUGCUGCUUCGUCUUUUGUUAGAAGACCAUCUUAUGUUAAAGAAGAAUGGGACUCUAAAUUAUCAAGUAUUAUUGACAGCGUCGAUGAUGGUUGGAAAGGUAUUUUGAUGUUGAAUGUUGCUUUGUUUGAUCCAGACGCUGCUUACAAAUUCUUUAGUAGUAGCGACUUCUCUUCUAAACAUCUCGAUAACGGUAUGUCUUUGACUUGGUCAUUGGCAUAUUGUGCUGGUGUUGGUGCUUCCUCUUGAAGAGGCUGGACCUUGCUUUUAUCUUGCUUUUAUAUUCUUUCUAUAUGAUUUUUGAUCCAAGACGUUAGUGAUAGUCUUGAUAGGUUUUCAGGUGAAUAAAUGGAUGAAAAAA